GAAUAUGGAUAUAAGCACCUUUCCGCUGGUGAGUUGCUUCGAGCUGAAAUGCUAAACCCUCUCUCGGUGUAUGGUGCCAAGAUUGAAGACCAUAUGAAAGAAGGCUCUAUAGUUCCUGUUGCAAUAACUUGCAGCCUAUUGCGUCAGGCCAUGGAAAAGGGCUAUGCCGAAGUUGGAUGCUCAAACUAUCUUAUAGAUGGCUUUCCUCGGAACGAGGAUAAUCUUUAUGGCUGGGACAAAGAAAUGCAUAAUAUAGUGAACCUGCGUCGCGUUUUUUUCAUUGACUGUCCAGACAAGGUAAGCCAUCUUCCUUAA